AUGACAACAAAAGAAUACGAACUGUACAAGGAAGCCAAGAGGCGGGCAGCCUCCGAGAAGCAGACCAUCGCUUCUCGACCAUAUAAGAUGCAGGCAAUUUCUAAGGAGUCGACCCACGCUUCUGACAGAGGGUCCAAAAGAAAACAGCUCGAGGAGUUUCCCUUGUAUAGUGAUGUCAUCAAGUGCCGAGUGUUCCUUAAUACUUUAUCCGGCUCGGCACAAAAAUGGUUUGAUGGAUUGCCGAAUGGGUCCAUCACUUGUUUCCAUGAUUUCAAGAUAGUCUUCCUGUGCCACUUCGCCAGUAGCAGGAAGUACCAAAAGACGGAUCAUUGUCUCUUCACGCUCAAGCAAGGGCCAGCUGAGUCCUUGCGAAGUUAUAUCAAGCGUUUCAACCAGGUGGCUCAGGACGUUUCAUCAGUUACCUCCAAAAUAUUGAUGAGCGUCUUCUCUCAUGGACUAGUAGAGGGGGAGUUCUUCCAGGACCUCAUUCGGGAUCCCGUAAAGAACUUCGACGAGAUGCUGGGGAAGACCGCCAGCUAUAUCAAUGUGGAAGAGGCUCAGGUUGCUCGACGAAAAGCAGACAAAGUGUCUACUUCCACCAAAAAACUAGAAAAGAAGCCACCACAGCCGCCAGCCGAGCCUCUUCCGUGUGCUCGGGACGCCCGACCACCCUUUGGUCCCGGUCUAGAUACUCGACCGAUUCCGCAUGUGGCAGCUGUUCAAUCCCCAAGGCCUGGGUCGUGGGGACCGCGCUACUGCACUUACCAUUGCUCUCAUACCCAUGCCAGCAGUAACUGCUUUCAGUUUGCCCGAGACUUUAGGCGUGCUGUUGAGCUGGGCCUACCUCCGCUAGAAAUCGUGCCCAGGACUCAACAAAGGAUACUGGCCAGCCAACAGGUCACGGCCGGGGCAGGUCAACCCGGCAGGCCUCAGCUUGAUCUUGCUAGACAAGGGAAUUAG